AUGGAGCUGCAGGGGGGACACCUCAAGCUGGAGAAAGCAGUGGAGCUACCAGCGGACAGGCGAACGCAGAGGCUCAACGCGCAGUGGGACUGGGGCAGCUGGCAGUGGAACUGGUGGCAGCCGCAAGGCAACGCGAAGGGUGACUACAGCGACCCGCCGACGUGGGGCGGCUGGUCGAGCUACAGGCUGUUCAAGAAGGCGCUGAUCCGGUGGAACCAGAACACGGACGUUCCAGUGUGGCGGCGCUUCGAGAAGCUGAGCAAGCAGCUCGACUGGGACCUGCAGGGGCGCUUUGAGCACGUGCCCGAGCAGACGCUGGCCAGCGCAGGCUACCUCGACGUGGUCAUCGGCAUCCUCGACGGGCUGGCUGGAGAGAAGGACGCCUCUGAGAAGAGGCGAGUGGUCAGAGCUGCCUUGUUCGAGGGUCAAAGGCACAAGGAGGAGACGCUUUCUCAGUUUGCCGUGCGCCGGGAGCAGGAGUUCAUUGCAUGGAGCCGACAGGCCUUCAUCCUGGAGGAGACGGCGGGACUAUCACGACAAGGGCUGCAGAACUUGCGGACGUUGACGGGCGGCACCGUUGACUUCGACAAGGUGGUCGGGGCUUUGAAGACGCUUGAUGUCGAGGAGGAGCCGCUCACCAAGGGGAAGGGAGGCCUGUUUUCAGGACUUGCCGAGGGCAGUGAACCUGGGCAUGGGGCAGCCGAGCCGGAAAGCGACGCCGAGGACGACUACGGCGAGCGGGCCGACGCCUUUCUGGCCCAAAUUGACGACGUCGACGAGGACACCGCCCUGGAGAUGCUGAACGCUUUCGAGAAAGAGGACGCGAAAACCACCGAAAGGCGAAGGACCUGGAAGCAGAACAAGGACCGGAAGGCCGCAGCGAGGAAAGACCGCCGUGUGUUCAGCCGUCCUAGGCUGACGGUGGGCGACUUGAAGGAGCGCACUCGGUGCGCGAAGUGCGGCGAGAGGGACCACUGGAGAGCUGAGUGCAAAAAGCCGUUUCGUUCCAAGGAAGAGCGGGGCCGAGCCGAAGGGAAAGGAAGGGACAGCGGGCGCCGGGCCGUGGCGUUCGUCUACCUUGGCGCCGAGGACAACGACGAGGCCGGGAACACGUUCGUGGGCCUGGCGGUCGGCCGGCAACUUGUGGAAGGGAGUCGCCGACCGGAGCACCGGACCGCCGAGAACCACACCGAGAAGGCGCUGCACCCCGGGACCAACGGCACGAUCAGGCACCACGCGGCCCAGGACUUGCCCAAGGGAGCGAUUCACCCGAAGGACCGCGACGCGAUCAGGCACCAGACGGCCCAGGACGAGCCCGAGGGAGCGAUUCACCAGAAGACCGCCGGCAACAAUGAGCAACUCAACUUGGCCGCGGAGGGCAACACCUUGUGCCUGCUGGCACUGGAGCCGGGACACGCCAUUCUCGACAUUGGCGCGGGACACGCCAUUCUCGACAUUGGCGCGGCCCAGGACCUCAUCGGCAAGGAGGCGUUCGACAGACUGUCAGAGCGGCUGCGGGAGCAAGGGCUCAGGAGCUUGAAGCUGAGCGCGUCGCCGCCGACGGCGCACGGGGUGGGCGGAAAGGCCACACCUCUCUUCCAGGCGCUCAUUCCUUGCAUCCUGGCUGGGGUGCCUGGCGUGGUGCAGGUCACGUUGAUCAAGGAGAGCAUCCCGCACUUGCUCUCGGUGGGGCUUCUGGAGUCGACUGGGGCGGCCAUCGACAUGAGGCGCAACACGGUGAACUACCAGGAGCUGGGCGUGAGCGAGCAGAUGCAGCGGCUGAGGUCGGGACACAGGGUUGUAGACAUCGCUUCGUGGCGCGGCGGCGAUUUUCCCACACCGCCCCACCUCAAGGAGGAGUUCGGUCUCACCAACGGGGCCUUCAAUCUUGGCGCACCUUUGACCGGGAAGGCGGAGAAGCCGGCACGCAGCAUGACUCACACGUCACAUGCUCAUGUUGUCCUGACCGAGAAGUGUACCAUGAACACGGGGGUGAAGCAGCUCAUGCAGGGCUUGAUGCUGAUGACGCGUGUGUGCCGGAGCCCUUUGCUCGAGUGGAAGAAGAUCGUGAGCAAGCUGCUAUGCCACCGGGUCACCAGCCAGAAGCCCGUGACCGAGCAGGAGUGCGGACACCCCGCCGACUCCAGAGUCAAUGGGGCAAAUCAAUAUGGCUCUUGGCAGCGCUGUCUGCUAUGUCAGACAAAGAUCAGCUAUGUGCCCCACCGAGCGCGGCCGAAAAAGAAAGCUGGCAAGGCACAGGUGGCGUACGUGAGCGAGCCGCCACCAGUUGCAAUGAUGAGGGCGCAGCCGGCUUCGAGCAGUGGGUCUGGGGAGCGGGCCACCGAGGUGAUUGCCGCGCUGGGCAAGGUCAUGGCCGAGAACACCCACCAGCUGCAGGUCGCCAUGGCGCAGUGCAACCAGCAGGUGCUGCACGGCAUGGCCCAGACCAACCAGGAGGUCAUGUCCUCGAUGGGCACCAUGGUGCAGACGAUGCAGGCGAUGCAGGUCACCCAGCAAAGCGUGGUGCAGGAAGUGCGACAGGUGGCGGGCGGAACGGCCGCCAUAGCACAGGCCGCUGGGCUGAUGAUGCCAGCCGCGGCAAUGGCCUCGAGCGCUGAGUCCACAGUGGAGUUCCGAGCAGACGGCCGCGAUGUGGCAAGCCAUGGGCAGACCGCCACAAUGAGCAGCGGGGAGGCGAAGAACUACGCCGUGAACGCCGACAAGCUGGACGAGCCGAUUCACCCCAAGAACGCGAAGACGAGGCAUCAGGAGGCCCAGGCGCAGCUGGCGAUCAAAGAGCACCACGUGACGAACGCCGGCAAGGCGGAUGUGCCGAUUCACCCCAAGAACGCGGAGACGAGACACCGAGGUCCACUCAGGCUGCGCAGAGAGAUUGGCUUGCAGCUGGUCCGAGCUGCGGGCAACACGUUCUUUGUGGGCCGGGGGCGGUCUUCCUUGAGGUCUGUGCCGAGCACCUUCGCGGGAGGCCUAGGGGCGCACCUCGACAACUUGGACCUCGAGGCCGAGCCGGACCAGGACCUUUGUACCAAGGAGAAGAAGAAGAUCCGGAGGGCGAUGCGCAACCUGGCGGGGAACUUGGAAGGCACCGGCACCCAGGAAGUGAUUGAGUUUAACCACGGUCGCCGGUGGGACUUCAGCAAGGGAACGCGCAGGGAGGAGCGGAUCGGCGACGGCAGGGCGACCAUGUGGGUGGAGCACAACCUGGAGCACGACUUCGAGAAGGAGGAGAAGGAGGCCCUUGAGUACCAGGGGGCCGUCUUCUGCGGCGACCACGCUGGGGACCAGGUCGUGCUCACCAACAGCCCGGGCAUCUACCUCACGGCACGUCCUGGAGAUGCCCCCAGCAACCGACUUGCCCAAGCAGUCCGAGGCCUGAGCGCCGACAACGCCGACUUCGCCGAGCACGACCCGGAGAACGACAACGACGAGGGCGACCAGGAGGCCGGCGAGGAGGAGGACGCAAGGGGAGUUGGUGACUUUCCGCUUCAAGAAGAUGACGGCGAAGAGCUUGGGCAACAGGGUCACCGAGAGAGAGAAGUGGCCAGGCUGAUCGAGAAGCUGCACGUGAACAUGGGACACUUGUCAAGGGACCGCAUGGUGGUGAUGCUGCGUGCGGCCGGAGCAAGGGAAGAUGUUUUGGAGUUCGUGCGCAAGCGCUUCGGCUGCGAACUGUGCGACCGCAGACAGAGGGAGGUGCGGCGAAGAGUGGCUGCAUUUCCGAGGACGUUCACCUUCAAUCGCAUCGUGGCGGUGGACACCUUUUACUUGCCGUGGCGCGGCCGGUCGCUCCCGGUGCUGAACGUCGUCGACCACGGCUCCCACUACCAGGUGACGACGCUUAUCAAGACCACCGAGGGAAAGGUCGUCUUGAGCGAUGGUGGCGCCGAGUUUGCCAAGGACUUCGUCACCGGCCUAGAGCUUCACUCUGUGUUUCACCAUGUCGUAGAUGCCGACAGCCCGUGGCAGAAUGGAGUCGCUGAGAGGCACGGGGGGGAAAUCAAGCGUCGGGUUUUACGAGAACUAGCCGAAGGGAACACCGUGCUCACCAGCACAGAGGGCAUCGAUCUCAUGCUGUGCCACCUCACCGCCUGCAAGAACCAGUUCUAUUCUAGAGCUGGGUACUCCCCAGCACAGCUCGUGUUCGGGAGGAACCCGAGGGUUCCAGAAGAGCUGCUGUCGGACCUAGUGGCCAGCGCACCGGGGAGACAGGCAAUGGCCAGUGAUCCCACCAACCUUGAGGGGAGCGAGAGGGCCUAUGUGCAGAGCUGCAUCAUCCGCCAGAGGGCCAGAGAACUGAUGUUCGAGAAAGAAUCUCAGGAACGGCUGCAACGUGCGGCCAAAGCUCCGAAGCACAGCUAUCAGCAGUAUGCUCCAGGCCAAUGGGUCUACGUCUUUCGGCGCUCCCCCCAGAGAGCGCGCUGGUCGGGGCCGGGUCUGGUGCUGCUCCACCAGCAAACCACCAUCUGGAUUGCGAUGCGCGCGCUCGGUGUCGAAAUCAUGAACUCGAUGCAGUACCGAGAGCUUCUCCGGAACCUGGAGGGGAAAAGAGCUGGAGCGGUCGAUGUGGCGAAAGAAGGGACACCGCCCGAAGACGCAUGGAAGGAGCCACGCGAGGAGGAGGCGCCGAUCACGCUUCCUCCGGCAGCUGAGGCCGAACCAGAAGGCGAUUUGGGCACACCUGGUGGCCGUGGCCACCCUGGGGCGACGGAGGGCGAGGAGAGGGAGGCGAUCAUCAUGCCCAGAAAUGUCUCCAUUCAGCCCCGAGCGAAGGAGCGACUGGACCCGAUCGUGGAGGAGGAGCCACCCAGAGCCAUAGAGCAGACGGCGGCGCGGGCACGAGCAGCGGACACCAGUCCCGUGCCACCCCUCCCCGCUCGGGAGGAGGGCGCUGGAAGGAGAAGGUCUCGGUCACCUGUGCCACCAACUCAGCGGGCCAACCUGGAACGCGCCCAGGCCGAGCACCUCGAGGAGAUGCGCCGCACGGCGGAGGACGGCACGAGCACUGACGAGCAGGACCUUCACGGCUUGGGCCUCGACGAGUGCACCCUCGCGGACUUGGUGAGUGCCAGGAGCGCUGAACGAGAAAGGCAGCGCCUGGACCAGAAGAAGGUGACGCUCUACACGUUCGAGGAGGAGAAGGAGGGCUUCAAGGUCUCCGACCACACCGAGUGGACCAACGUGGUCGGGAUGAAGGUGUGGAAGGGAGAGGACGCAAGGGAGCUGCGCAGACAGUUCGCAGGCCGGAUCUUGCGAAGCAGAAUGGUGCGGCGCAAGAAGCCGAUGCCUGGGGUCGGGUGCUUCAAGUACAAAUCCCGAUGGUGUGUGCUCGGGUUCGACGACCCCGACGCAGCAGACCUCAGAACCUUCUCACCAACACCGCAGGCAGAGGUCAUCAACGUUUUCUUCCAGACUGCCUUGAACCUCGGCCUGAGCGUGGUCUUUGGAGACGUCACCUCGGCAUUUUGCCAAGGGCGAAAGCUGGCAAGAACGGCCGGAAGACUCUUCGCCGAGCCGUGUCCCGGCAUUGACGCCGAAGCCACCGACCUAGUGGAGCUGCUGGUGGCCGUGUACGGGCUCGAGGACGCCCCAGUGUGCUGGGCGGAGACAGUCCAGGAAUACUUGUGCGGCGAGCUGGGCUUCCGGAAGUCGCUGUUAGACCCGUGCCUCUAUGUGACGCAGAACAUGGAGCAGCCGAUCGAGAAGUGGCUAGAGGCCAUGAUCCUUGUCGAGGUGGACGACUUCAACGUGGCGGCACAGCCGGAGUUCGAGCAGGGCCUCCUGGACAGCCUCCGCGGCAAGUUCAAGUUUGGGAAGUGGCUUCGCAACGAGGCAGACUUCAACGGAAGACACGUGAGGGUGACCGAGAACGACGUCUACAUGCACCAGGAAAAGUACGUGAUAGAGAAGGUCAAGGCCCUCGAGCUCAGCAAGAACCGCCGCGCACAGAAGGACAGUCCGCUCAACGAGAAGGAGGCCGAAGAGUUCCGCUCCAUGCUGUACCGCAUAAGCUGGCUGGCGCACCAGACCAGGCCAGAAGCAGCCGGGCUCACGAGCAUCCUCAGCUCGCGCUUGAACCGGGCCACCGUGUCUGACCUCAUCACGUUGAACAAGAGGUCAACUCCGAGUGACGCUGGUGGGGUCGACGGCCUCUCCGACGGAAACGGCGCGGACGGCAUGAUCGAGGACCCCGUCCAGGCUUCGUGGUUGGUGCUGGCGAGCGACAAGGUGCCUACACACGACGAGCACUUGCGAGUGUCAGUGCUCUCCUGGAGGUCCACGAAGCUCAAGAGGCGGGUCACCAGCACGCUGGCUUCGGAGACGCUGGCGUUCUCCCAGUGCCUCGGGGAGAUAGAGUGGAUGCAGGUGCUCUACCGAGACAUGACCUUUGGAGAUGUCACGCCGGAGGCUUGGAGACAGGUGAUUCGACCGUUCACCUGCCUCCUCAAGAGCGGCAGCUCACUGGCGGGGCGGCAGGAGCCCAUCAUCGACGAGAUGAACAAGGGAGGCGGAGUGGUGUGA